GCUGACUAUUCGGCUGUUGUGGUGGCUGUGAGAUGUUUGUUGUUUUUAGUUUUUUAUGCCGCCUGCGCCUGGUGUGUUUCGCCAUCUCUUCUUGCUGAAUGCUGCAGUGUUAACUUAGUUAUACUUUGUGUUUGAGAACUACGGUACCUAAACAACAAUGACUGGACAUCACGAAAAGCGCAAAGUGCCUCCUGCUCUAGAAAAGAUUCUAAAAACCGAUGUCUACCUCACUAACUCUCUGUGUAAUUUAAUGAACAAAUUUUUACCAUUUCGAUCCCUCAAGAUCCAUUACAAGUUGUUAGAGGUAUCAUGUGCCGGAUACGUUUGGUUGCCUGUAUGGAUCAUGCUAUUGUGGAUCGUAUGGAAAAAAGAACUCAUGGAAAUGCAAGUCAACUUUUUCAUUGGUCUUAUCACAGACAUCAUCUUAGUGGGAGUGUUGAAGGCGGUUUUCAGAAGACGAAGACCCGCCGGUAACCAACCUGACAUGUUGGGCUCAAUCGGCCCGGAUGUUUAUUCAUUCCCAUCCGGACACGUUUCCCGCGCGUGCUUCAUUGCCUACUUCUUCUUGAUUCUGUAUCCCAUUCAUUUCAUUUUCCGAUUGCCUCUGCUCGCUUGGGUGUUCUCCGUAAGCGCCAGUAGGAUUUUGUUGCGGCGUCACCACUUGCUUGAUGUUUUUGCUGGCGUUCUCCUCGGUAUUGUCAACGCUUUGCUGAUUUCGCUGAUCUGGCUCAGUGAAAACACUGCUGUUUAUAUUGUUUCCUUUAUUUCUGACGAAAGAAUCGAAGGUAGUGAGUAUGAUGUUUGAAAAGGUUGUAUUUUUGCCAUAUUAUGUUUGUUAAAAAGAUAAUGUAUAGAAAAUAUUUUCAUAUCUUAACAGAGCUUUUUGUACUUUUAUAAUGAGGUUGAGUCAUUUUGAAAGUGUUGUCCGUAUUGUUAAAAUGUUCACGUUGUUGUGAUUGUUAAAUCACUUGGAUGUGCAAAAAUUAAAAUAGUUAUGGACAUGGUAUUAUAAAAAAUACUUCAUCUAUACAUGAUCACAGAAAACAUAUUACUAUAACCCAGAAUGC